AUGGAUCAGGCAGAAAUUCCUUCACUACUGAAGCAUUUACAGAGUAACGAGGAUGCUUCUCGAAAACUAGCCGUAUUCAAACUUCAGGCUUCAAUUAGUGAUCCAUCAAUCGCAGAUAUGUUCAUUGCCUCUGACGGUCUCAAAGUACUUCGGCAACUUAUAAUGACUACAAGUGGUAAUACACUUGCCUAUGCUCUCACUGCGCUCAGUCGCUUGCUGGAAGUUGAAAUGGGGUGGGAGAUAUUUGAAUCUGCAGCGGCAGGCGCCUUGAUCGAAAGAAUGGUUGAGUUAAUCGUUACACAUCCCUUAGUCAAUAUCUUACGAGGCGCCAUGUCAGUACUAGCUGCAGUUGUAGGUCAUUCCCAGAGCUCAGGAAAAGCCAACCAAGCCUUUCGUGCAUUUGGAUCUCACGCGCUAAGGCCAGCAAUACGAGUAUUUCCUCAGUUUUAUGAGAUGGUAAUUUCACAACUCAACUCUGCGGACCACCUACUAUGUGGGAAUUCACUGAUGUUGUUGAAUGCGAUGAUACGUGAUGCCAUCUGCAAAGAUCCAUCUAUCGAUAGCAAGACGGAACAGUCGGUUGAAGUGGAAGUCUGGCCAAAGUUUAUCAAUGACCUAAAGUCUAUCGGUAUUAUAGAGGCAAUAUACAAAUUAAUGCAAGGCUCAUCACUUCAAGACAUAGCAUACCCCUUAUUUGACUUUCAAGUUUUGUCAAAGUUAUUGCUUAAAAAAUGGAGAGACACCGAAGUAGAUCUAGGCAACUCGCAACACGAGCAAAUGCUUCAAGUGAUAGAAGCAUCCAGUCAGCUAGAGAAUAAAGUAGAUACUGAUAUGAAAACCUUGGUGGAGAUAACAGAAAGUGAUGCUAAAAAGAGGAGAUGGCGAAGACUCGGAUUUCAAACUGAAAGUCCUGCUUGGGAGUUUGAACAGUCAGGGCUUCUAGGGUUAAUGGACUUGUCAUCUUUCGCUCAAAGAGAUAGAGAUGGGUUUCAAAUGUUACUUCAAGAGCAAGCUGCAAAAUCAAUAAUCGAAAGAUGUCCUAUAGCAAGAGCCAGCCUCUCUGUGACCGAAGUUCUUUUCGAAUUCUUUGAAAUAGAAAAUUCGGAUAGUGAUGAUCUCCGGUCCAACCUUCCACUUGAUGAUAUAAAAAAUUGCGAUUCUCUUUUCCAGCCAUUUAUUCUCCAAUGGCCACGACUACACAUAGCUGCGUUGGAUUCAUUUUUCCGGCUAUGGCAACAGACAGGUGCUGAGCAAGAAGAUUUUGGGAAAGUAGUUGAACUUCUACGUAUCCUGAUCGAUCGGGUUGUCGGGUGUGCGAUUCGAACCAAAGAUAUACAAGAAGUUGAAGAAGAAAUGAGAGAGCUUGACUACCAUAAAUUGCGAGAUAUUCAGAUGGAAAUGUUAGAAAUUGCAUUCGAGGAAGAAUGGGGUGAACACCUGGGACAAAUUCGGGAUGAAUUAAGGAACGAAGGGAUACAGUUUAUGAAAGAACAAAGACUCAGGGUUCUUCUUCAAGGCGCUUGGUUUCCUCACCCUGCGGUAAGUAAGAAUUAUAAGGACCAUAAUAACUCUCAGGAAACCAAAAGAGGAUGGCAGUAUGUUAAACUGUCUCACAACCGGCGAUAUCUACAUCAUGCGGAUUUUGAAGAUAGAAGUUCUAAGGACCCUCCUCUUGAUUCAUUGGCUCAAAAGAUUGACGUUGAGACUAUCAGCUCAGUCGUCUCAAAUAUCUCGGCAGGCGGUGAUAACGUCUCAAAUCACUUUUCAUCCGAUACGAUAGAGAACGGAAAGUCUCCGGAAACUCAAGCUCCUUCACAUGCUCUUAACACUCGGAUCAUGAUUAAUAGUCAUGUUACUUUACCAAAUGAUAAUGAUAGCCUAGCUUCCGCCUGGCUUGAUGGUCUGCUUAUGCUCUUGAACCAGACCCCUAUCACAACGGAGACAGGUAAACUUAUAGAUCUAGUAAGUAGCUUUGGGCUGAAGAUCAGGUUACUAAACGUACAAUUAAACGACGACUUCAUGGGGCCGUCAGAGGGCGACGGCGUGGUUCCGAGCAGAGAGGGCCUGGAUGAGGAUUACUUUUAUCAGAUUUAG